UUGACAUGAGAUGGACUCCGCACAUCCAAAGAAGUCGAAUAUGAUGGUUAAUUUUCGUUUUAAAAGUGCUCUUGACCAAAUGUGAUCGAGCUAUUCAGAGCACAAAGAUGGUUGACAGUUUUAAUCGGCAAGUUUUACGGCACGCCGUGGCUCAAAUUUGUCAAUCUAUGGGCUGGGAUGCUCUUCACAAAUCUACACACGACACGCUCACAGACGUUAUGCAAAGAUACUUAGAGGAAAUAGGGAAAGUUGCUAAUAAUUACACGCAAUUGUGCAGCCGAACAAAACCUAACCUAGACGACUUGCACCUAGCCUUCCAAGAUACUGGUGUGGUACUGCAAGAGUUGGAAAAUUUUGUGGCCCAGGUAGAUCCACUCCAAUUUAUUCAUCCUUUCACGGCGUACCCAAAGUGUCAGCCAUGCCGACUACAACAUCCAAGCAAGGGAGAUAUUGUAGAUCGAGCGGAGUUCUACUCUGAGCAUCUUCCUCCCCUUCCAAAAAUUUAUCAAGAACCAACAGGUGAAAAGGAAGAGAACCCAACCACCGAAAAUAACAGCGUCGCCGGCGCUGAAGAGGCUGAAAAGAUAAAUUCGACUCCUUUAAAGGAAUCGAAUAAUGUCAUGGACACGAGUGACAAUGUGGCGGUUAAACGCCGUCACGAAAUCGGUGUGUUGUUUCCAAACGAUAAUAAACGUUCAAGACUUGAUAUUCCGGCAAAUUUAAUUCUCGAGAAGAAGGAAAACGUGGAAAAUACGGACGGAGAAUCGUUGUCCCCGGCUACUCCAGUCUCUCCCUACUUGCCACAGGACCUUCCUAAGCUAACGGAAGAGCCGGUAAAACCCGCAAGCACUACGAAGGUAAAAACAGAGCCCAAGCAGUUACCUAAUUUAACAAAAGAGAUGGUUUUACCCUUAAAGAAAUUAACACCACCACCUGAGAAAAAGGUGAAGUCGGAAUCGUCUCCGAGUCCGAAAAAACCUAAAACAAAGAAGGAAAAAUCGAUCUCUCCGAAUGUUCAAAAUAAAGCAGCGCUCUCCAGCCCAAAAACUGAUGUUUUGUCGCCUAUAAAAAGUCCGCUGAGCGUAAAAAAUUCAACCGCUGGAAAAAUAAAAUCCCCAAUUAAGUCGCCAUUAUCUGAAAAACAAGUAGUUAAAAAGACUAAUAAAAGUAAUGAGCAUAAAGCGUCAUUUCUCGGAAGCAAAGGUAGUCCGUCCACAGAGACCUCGUCAAAAACUUUCUCAAAGAAACCUCCACAGAAACCUGUGGUUGAGGCAAAGAAAGAUCUUGUAUCACCCAAAAUUAAAGAUCGUGAAUUCAACCCGGCCAAAAAGAAAAAGAAAACUUCAGUCGAAACAGAUAGCGGAAAGUCGUCACGCGAUGCGGAAAAAACUAAAAGUGUUUUGAGCGCUAGCACGCCUAAAUUAAUGAUAAAAUUACCAAAAUCAGAACAGCAUAGUGAAUCGCCCAAAUACAGUCCUGUGAAACCGAAGAUUAUCACGACACCAGUGAAAGCAAAGACCCCUAGUAGUCCAUCGCCCACGAAGGCGAUUGGCUUGAAGACGAAAUCAUUCGAAGGUGAAAGCACUACAAAAAGCGAAAAGAAGCUUAAAAUUUCAGGCGAUUCGUUAGAAUUUGCCAUUUUGAAGAAAGAACACAGCAAAAAGAAAAAGAAAAAGAAGGAUAAGGAUAAGGACAGAGAGAAGGAGAAAAGCGUUCAUAAAGAAAAACGCAAGAGCGAAAAAAUCGAACCUCCAAUACCCAAAAUACGGUUUAAAUUGGAUCCAUCAGGAGAAUCAAAGACCAAGACUGGAGAAUCGACGACCUCCUCGUCAAAAUGUGGUACGUCAACUGGUCAGUCGUCUUCAAAGAAAUCAUCUAUGGUUGUAAUAGAAACUGAGAAUGUCAGAUCCAGCGUCUUGGUCGAAACCUUGUCCAACAACACUCUUGAAUAUGACCCUGACCGAGCUUAUUAUUGUCCAGUGUGUCAUAAACAAGAUGAUGGUUCUCCAAUGGUCGGUUGCGAUGGCUGUGAUGAAUGGUGUCACUGGUCUUGUGUUGGCUUAAUGGCAGCUCCUCCCAAGCAUGAAAAGUGGUAUUGUCCGUUGUGUUUGUUGAAGAAAAGCAAAAAGAAGAAAGCUAAAAGCAAGAAAAAAAGCUAGCCAAUGAAUGUUUUAUAUAUUUGUACAUAUGUAAAAAAGCACACGAAACUCGCGAUUUGCUUCUCACAACGAUGGAAAGAAGGCAACUGCAAACGUUUGAAACCAGGUCAGAUUCACUACGUACGAAAUACAGGGUGUCCCAAAAAAAAGUCCCCGCUAUUGAAAUGA